AUGCCAUCGAUACCGACGCCGCCACCAGAGCUCGAGGUGCUCACCUUCCUCUCGGACUCCAACGCCCAGGUCCGCCAGGUCGCGCUCUCCAACAUCGUCGGCUUCAGCGCCAAGGACAGUCCGCAUCGCUCGCUGCUCAUCUCCAAGCACAAGAACCGAGACGGCUCGCCCCUCCUCGGCCGCGACGGCAAGGAGGUAGACACGGUCGAGGACCUCAAGCGCCUCUGCCAGGACCAGCCCAUCACCGCCCACGAUGCUUUCAGCGCACUCAUCAACAUCUCGGACAGCCUCGUGCUCGCUCGCAAGAUCGGUGACAAGGCCUUCCUCGAGUUCCUCGUGCGCUACAUCGCCGAACCCGUCUCGCUGCUCGCCGACCUGGCGUGCAUGCUGCUCUCCAACCUCACCAAGCUCGAGUCCAUCUGCGCCAUCCUCUUGGAUCUCCAGGUGCAGGCUCGUCCCUUCUACAGCUUCAUGGCGUCCGAAGAGAUGGAGGGUGCGCUCAACGGCAUGGACGUCGAGCCCAACGACCCCGAUUACGCGGCCAAGAAGGCCAAGGCACAGGAGUACGCCACCAAAGUCGCAGAGCAGGCCAAGAAGAUGGACGAAAAGGUGCCCGCCAUGGCACGCCUGCUCGACGCCUUUGAAGAGGGCGCCACCGUCGCCUCGCAGGGCAGCGACCUCGAGGCCAUGAAGCAGCGUGCAAAGGAUGCCGCAACCAAGGCCCAGGCGGACAAGGACAAGGAGCCCGAAAAGAUCGAACGCGGCCCGGACGGCAGGCCGAGGAUCAAGCGCAAGACCAACUGCAACUUUCUUGCGAGUGUCUUUGCCAACGUCACUGUGCUGCCGCGUGGACGAGACUGGUUCGUCUCGCCACUCUCGGCCUCCUCGGCAGCCGCAUCCGCGACCGCACAGGCCGCGCUUGCCCGUGGCGUCGAUGAACAGGGCUCCAUCCCGGCUGCUACCGAAUAUCCCGUGGCUCGCAUCAUGGCCUUUACCGAACAUCCCAACCUCAUCCGCCGCGGAGGCGUGAUCAGCACGCUCAAGAACGUGCUCUUCGUGAAGUCGGCGCACAAGCUGCUCGUGGCACCGCCGCCGGCGCGCGAGGGGGAGGACGAGAUGCUGGCUGGUGCGCUGCGCGCCACCACACGUCCGCCCUCGUCGGUGGACAUUCUGCCGAACCUGCUGCUGCCGCUGUGUGACGGCAAGGAGCUGGCCGAGGUGGAUCUGGAGGAUCAGGAGGAGCUGCCGGAGGAGUGUCAGAUGCUGCCGGAGGACAAGAGGCGCGAAAAGGAUCCGGCGCUGCGUCUGAUGCUCGUCGAGUCGCUGCUGCUGCUCUGCACCAACGUGUACGGCCGUCAGUGUCUGCGUGCGCGCGGCGCGUAUGUGGUGGUGCGCUCAGCACACCUGGUGGAAGCCGACGAAAAGAUCGCCGAGUCCGUGCUGAGGUUGGUCAACAUCCUCAAGCGAGACGAGUCGGCUGCCACCGCCAAGGACCUCGAGGACGAUGCCGACGCAACCGCAGAAGACGUCGGUGCCGAAGAGCCCGUAGAUAGCGAUGAUGAAGACCUGCAGAUCGAGGAACUCUGA